AUGGCUCCCAGGAUUUGGCAGAAGUGGCUUCCCCAAGAUAUUGCUCAGGGUAUUCAAGAUGAAGAGCCAGGCCGCUUUGCAGCGCUUUCCCGCUGCGUCUGCGCGGAAGUGGAUGCCAUACUGCGGGACGACGUAGAUCCGAACCGCUGGCACCGCCUUGUGAAGUGGCUGUCACACGUGAAUACCUUCAGUAAUCGGCACCAGGACUUUCCCGCUGAGCACGUCCUACCACUGGCCGAGGCGCUAUGGCGCAGCGUGUCGGAAUCGUGGAGAGACCUGGAGGCGCAGGUCCGCAUAACGGAGUGCCUGACCAAGCUCCUGCGCACACACAAGCGCACACUGCGCCGUGCUCACCUGCAACUGCCCUGGCGGCCGCUGUUCGCAGUGCUGAAGCGCCUGCAUGGCUUGCCACUGCCCAAGCUGGAAGGCGUGGGAUUGAUCAUGGCGCGUGGUACGGCACUGGUGAAGCUAGUAUCCAAGGCCCGACGGUUCUUCGAGCCCAAUGCUCUAGGGGAGGUGUGGUGCGAGCUGCGUCCCUCCAUUCUGGCGGUCGAUCGGCGGCCCAGCGAAGGGUACGAGGCGCUGGGCUACUUGCAGCUGUUCGCGCCCACACAUGGCAUGUGCAGAUGCAACUGGCAGCUCUCAACGGCUGGCUGUUGGAGUGUCUUGAAUUGGCAACCCCACCUGCCCCACAUCUUCGCCAGCCUCACCGGUUUCUUCGACGUGCCAAUCGGCACCUCAAGGGCCGUCGGCGAUAUCAUCACGCGCAGUACGCCGGGAAGGGCUUCCGUACUGUUUGGAGACCAGAUGGGCUACGGCUCCUUCCACGCCGCCCGACUGGUGGUCCACCUGCUGCGCUGCACCGCCGACCCCCAGCGGGGGCCCCCCACUGCCGCCGCCGCCGCAGCCGCCGCCUCGCAUCUGGAGCACCUCACAUCACUGCUGGAGCAGUACUACCACCCCUCCAAUACGGGCAAGUGGUGUCGGGAUCUGGGUACCCUGCUCAAGCACCUGGUCAAGGCGGCGGUCAAACAGCUGGAGAGGCAGCAACCGCCGCCGCCGCAGCCGCCAUUAGCCGCCGCCACCGCGGCUGACGGCAGGAUGGCUUGUAAUGAUGAUGAGGACGUGCAUGGUGGUAAUGAUGAUGACGACGAGUUAGCUGAUCACGAGUUCGAGCUUUUGCAGCUGGAAGGUGGCGGCGACGGCGGCCAGGGCUCCCCAGCGGUGGCGGCGGUGGCGGCGACGGGGGUAGCGUCGUCUCGGCCGUGGGUUUCGGAGCUUCGCGAGGCGGAGCUUCAGCGGCUUGCGUCGUGCUGUGUGACGCUGGCGGCUCGGGCCCAAUUCUCCAAGGACUCGGGCAUCUCCACCGUGUCUGUCAAGGCGUUGUCGCAGCUGGCGCUGGUGGCGCCGGGUCGCGUCCUGCCGCUGGUUCUGGAGCGGUUCCGUACGGCACUGGCCACCGCCACGGCCACUCACCAGCUGGUGGCGGCGACGACGACGCUGGCGCUGUGUGUACGGCCGCUGUUGUUGGCGGGCUGGGCCGCGGGUGGCGAGAGUGAGGGCGAGGAGCGAGAGACGGCGGCGCAGUUGGUGUCCGAGGCGCUGACGGCGGUGCUGCCUGGCUUCGACGCAAAUGACGAGCCCAAGACCAACGCCGUACUGCAGCUGUACGUAUCCGCGAUUUCCUCGCUGCCGCGGUUGCGCGGUGCGGGGGAGGGUGACGAGACGGAUGAGGCGGCGGCGGCGGAAGAGGCGGAGGAGCAUUCGUUUGGACGUGCUGUGCAACCAGCCGGCGGCACAGGCAGUACCGCUGCAGCGGUGGCGCCGAUGGGCGUCGACGCCGCUGCCGCCGCCGCCGCCGCCAACAGCGGUGCCGCCGCAGGCGGCAGCAGCGGCGGCGUUGGUGGUGAGCUGACUUUAUCCCUCUACGUGGAGGAGUGGGCGGAGGAGGUUUUGGAACGGUGCCUGGCGUUGCUCCAGAACCUGGAUUCGGGGCCGGGCCAGGGCGGCACGGAUAUGGCGUCCAGAGGCGGCGGCAGCGCCGCCAGUACGAGCUCCUUCCUGACGAGGGGCUGUUUAGCGUCCCGGGCUUUGGCCUUGGCUGAUAGGUUCCUUGAGGUGAACAGCCUCGUGCUGCAGGAGGAGGCUGCCACUCUGGGUGCGGUGGUGGUGAUGACACUACCGAGGUACUGGAUGGACCCGCACCUGCCCUGGCUCCGACCCGCGGGUCACCCCGAGUCUGUGCCGCUGGUGCCGGGGCGAGGUGUGGAGUUGUGGGUGGACAAGUUCGGAACGGGAUAUCAGCCCCCGAGGUGGCUAGGUCCCUCCUCCGAGCACCUGGCUCUGGCCAACCAGCUGAUAAGGCUGAGGCUGCUGAGACCCGCACAACGACUGAGGGCGCUGAUGAGGGGCGCCCAGACAACUACAGCCACUACUACUACCGCAUCCGCCGCAUCCGCCGCAACCACCACCGCUGGGACUGGGGGCGGUGUUGAUGGCGGCGGGGUUGUCGCCAAGCUGCAUGUGCGGGGGGAGCUGCUGAAACUGGCGGAGGCCCUGGUGGACAUCUGCAGCGCUCUCGGCUCUUCCGGCGACCCCGAGCUGCUCGCUGUGGCCUCCCGCUGCGCGGGGGUGCUGCUGACGGCGGGCAGUAUAGAGCACGCGGCCCAGGUGGACGAGCGCGGCCAGAAGGCCACCGACGACACGCAAUCGGAUGUGCCCGCAGCGACCCGGCUCAUGGCGGAGUCCUGGACGUCCUCGGCGCCGUUGGUGUGGCGGCGGCGGAUGCCCCCCUGGCUGGUCCAGGCCCGACUGCAAAACCAGCUCGUGUCUCGGUCCGCCGAUGCCGCCUUCCGCUCCGCGGCUUGGUGCACCACUCGCCAUCCGCAAAUGACUCGGCUGGAACAGCGCUUCCCCUGCCUCGCACCCGUGUACUUGCCGUACUUCCUCGCUACGCUGGCGGACGUGCCAUACGACUGGGCCCCGACGACACCGCUGUCGCCGCCGCCGCUGACAGAUUUUUGUGCAAGCGUUCGGGCUGCAGCCUUCGGUGGCGGCAGCACCGCUGUCGCCGCCAGCGGUGCUGCCGCCGGCGCUCUGGCGUGCAUUUUUUCGCCGCCGCCUCUCAGCGAGAUUGACCGUGACGGCAAGGUUGUGGGUGCGUGUCACACCAUGAACAAGGCGCUGAACUUCUGGCGCCUCAUUUCCAGGUCGCCCACAUGGCUGGGGGCGACGCUGGCGGCGCUGCUGGCGGCACGCACCCACAACGCUUCCGUACCGCAGAAGGCACUGGGCGACUUGCUGCUCACGUUUGCCGGCCGCUUUCUGCAUCCACCUGCCCUGUCGUACGCCGACAGCGGCGGCGUCAACGGCGGAUUGUACGGCGAUCUCGUACGAUCGCUGGUCGAGGUGGCGCGGCCGGGCGCGAUGGCACGCCGCGGCGCACCGUUCCGCUACACCAUCAUAGCCAAUGUCAUGUUGACGCUGAUGCUGCCGUACCGUUACGGCGCCAGCGCUGACGUCAGCGACUACGGCGGCGCUGGCGGCACCUUCCUGCCGUUGUGUGUUGUGGUGGAAUACGGCGCGCCGUUGCCGCAGCUGAAGGACGUUUUGCGGGCGACCAUCGCCUCCGCCUCCGCCUCCGCCUCCGCCUCUACCUCCACUGUAGCUGGGGCAGAGCCGCCUCCUGGUGCCUCAGGAGCCCCAUCUUCUGGCUGCGGAGGUGCCGCUGGUGGUGGCGAUGGUGGUGACAGCGGUAGUGGUAGUGUUUGGGGGUUUAGGCUCAUCCAUGCGCUGGCUCUCAACCACACGGAGCUGGACAGCGCUGAGGCCUUGAAGGACAAGCGGGGCGCCGGUCUGUUGGCCCUUCAUCAGCGGGUGCUCCGCAUGACGUUUGAGGAGCUGGCGGGGGGUCUGGCCUCCGUGCCACUGGAGCGACUGUCCAAGUGGCCGAAUGACGGCCUGCCGACGCCGGCGGCGGUGAUGGAGGGGCUGUUCGCUGUACGGCAUGCACGGCUGGUGCAGCUGCUGGCGGCGGCGGCGCCGGAGGAGAUGCUGUCCGCUUUGCGGGGGCACAUAGAGUUACUCACGGCCGCUGGACACGUCACCGCCACUGGCGGCGAGGGCGGCGACAAGGCGGAGAUGGCGACGGCGGCGGAGGUGCUGGCGGGGCUGAUCGCGAGCGGCGCGCCGUGGGUGGCUGCGGACGGAGGUACGGCAGGUGGUGCUGGGAGCAGCGGCGCCGGCGCCGGCGGCGGCGUUGGCGGCGGUUGGGCGGUGGCCGCCCUGGCGCGGGCCAUCUCGGGUACGAAUCUGGACAUGUCGGAGACCUGGGCGCUGUCGUACCGGUACGUAGUGCAGCAGUGCAGCACCCCCUUUGCCACGUCGUACAUAUUUUCCUCAUGCAUUCGUAUCUUGAAGGGCAUUCCGUACACCGGCAUACCCACCCACCCACCCGCGCUCGUCCGUCUCUACGCCGUACGCGGCAUUCUAGAUGGUCUGGUCCCAGAGGGUCCUAGCGCGGCGGCGGACCGCCGCCCGCUGCUGCCGCGGCCGCCGCUGGCAGCUGGACUUACGGAUGGUACCUUAGUGACGGCGCUGGGUGAUCUGCUGCGUCUUACCGUACCUUCGCCUCUGGCGCCGCCGCCGGUGACGGCGGCGGCGAGCACGCUGGCCGCGGAAGCGGACGUCAACGCCGCAGCUGGCGGUAGCACCGCCGUGACCGCCAGCGGCGGCGGCGGCGGCGGCGGCAUGCCGGCCCGCAUCAAGCGCCUCCGUUGCGUGGGUGCUGUCGUACGGGAGCUGACGAGACUGGACCCAUGCAAUGAGUUGCCGCUGCCGGUGCGUCUCUUUUGGCGGGGCCUGUUGGACGAGCUUCACUCAGUGAGCUCCUCCCUGGACUGCCUCGGCCUCCGAGACCAGCUCCGCGGCCCCAUCACCGACACGCUGGCGUACUUCGGCGCCACCACAGACGAGGUGGAGGUGGAGGUGGAGCUGGACGGUGCCGGCAGCAGCGGCGGGGUCGCGGGUGCGGUCAUGUUGCUGGUGCGGCCCGGCGGCUCGCAGCUGCCUAGCUACCACGCCAGCCUGCAGGACCUGCGCACCCGGGCACGCAACCUGGCGCUGACCGUGGCGGCGAGGUUCAACGACGCGGCCGUACAAGCGCAGGACGCCAGGGCGGCGGAGGCGAACACGAUGGCUGCGGCAGUGGCCCCGCCGCCGGCAUCGCCGCGCGCUAGUCCCGGCGUGGCCACCGCCGCCGCAGCCAGCGACUCGCCGGUCUCACGCGCUGCUACAGAUGAUUUGGUUUUGGUCGACGCCGUCGACGUGGUGUCGGUUCCGGCGUCGGCGUCGGCAUCCGAAACCACUUCCCCUGGCGGCGGUGCCGCUGCUGGGCUUGCGACGGCGGCGGAACCCAUGGACGUGGAUACUGUCGCCGCCGCCGCUGGCGGCGGCGCCGGCGCUUCCAGCGCCUCGGCCGCCGUGGCGCACCUGGGUUUGGGCCUGGAAGUUCAGCUGGAUGCGGCGGCCCGGCACCGCUCCCCGGGGCUGCGGGAGCUUGUGGUGGGGAUGCUGCCCGGGCUGCUCAGACUUCAGGACGUGGCGGCAGCCGCAAUGGUUCAGCAGCUUUUUUACACCAGCGGUGGUUACACGUUAUGA